AUGCCCUGCAGUCGAAAGCGACAACUGUGUGUCCAAGCAGAGCCUACGACUGACUCUUCACCGCCCAUCGCUAAACGACGAAAGCUCGAGAAGCAGCAACGACACAGGACACCCAGCUGGUUUUGGGACAAUUUGUCACGGCAGUGGCUAACUCCUCUCCGAGAGUUUGAUCGAAGAACAGAGUGGCCUGCUACCCCUUCACCGCCUGAUCGGACUGGCAAGGAAGACAUUGACCUUGCACAGCUCAAGCGCUUCGCAAGACACGGUGGACCAAGCCUUGGGCACCUGAGAGCUAGUGAUCGCCUCCAUCGGACUCUUGUGAGAUGUGCCUCUGGACGUUAUGAUGCUCAUAAUGGCAUUGGAUUCCUAAGUGUUUGGAUUAUCCAAAGCCUUCUUUGUCAGUUCCUACCAAGGUAUGGAAGUAAUCUGAUAUGGCUUAACCUACAACUGGCUGCUUCAGCGGUCAACUUGACCAUCUACGUCCGGUACGUCCGGUACGCUUCUGCGGUGCAGGUUUUGCUUAUUCGCAGCCGAAAUCGAGCUAAGUGA